GCGGCCCCGAGGCACCCUCUGGCAGACUCAGCGGCGGCGGCGGCGGCCUGGGCGGACAGUGCACCGUGCGCAGGCGCGGAGCUAGACCUCGCUGCAGCCCCCAUCGCCUCGGGUAGUCGCACCCACCGAGUCCGCCCGCUGGCCCGUCAGUGCUUUCCUUUUCGUCUGCCCUCCCCGGUUCCCUCAGCUCCCUACUCACCCCGAUGGCGGAGCUGCGGCCUAGCGGCGCCCCCGGCCCCUCUGCGCCCCCCGCCCCUGGCCCUGCUGCCCCCCCGGCCUUCGCCUCGCUUUUUCCCCCGGGACUGCACGCUAUUUACGGAGAGUGCCGCCGUCUCUACCCUGACCAGCCGAACCCGCUCCAGGUUACUGCUAUCGUCAAGUACUGGUUGGGCGGCCCAGACCCUUUGGACUACGUAAGCAUGUACAGGAAUGUGGGGAGCCCUUCUGCCAACAUCCCUGAGCACUGGCACUACAUCAGCUUUGGCCUGAGUGAUCUCUAUGGUGACAGCAGAGUCCAUGAGUUUACAGGAACAGACGGACCUAGUGGUUUUGGCUUUGAGUUGACAUUUCGUCUGAAGAGAGAAACAGGGGAGUCUGCCCCACCAACGUGGCCAGCAGAGCUAAUGCAGGGCUUGGCCCGAUAUGUGUUCCAGUCAGAGAACACCUUCUGCAGUGGGGACCACGUGUCUUGGCACAGCCCUUUGGAUAACAGUGAGUCAAGAAUUCAGCACAUGCUGCUGACGGAAGACCCACAGAUGCAGCCUGUGCAGACACCGUUUGGGGUAGUUACUUUUCUCCAGAUCGUUGGGGUCUGCACUGAGGAGCUACACUCAGCCCAGCAGUGGAAUGGGCAGGGCAUCCUGGAGCUGCUGCGCACGGUGCCUGUUGCUGGCGGCCCCUGGCUGAUCACUGACAUGCGGAGGGGAGAGACCAUAUUUGAGAUCGAUCCACACCUGCAACAGGAGAGAGUUGACAAAGGCAUCGAGACAGACGGCUCCAACCUGAGCGGUGUUAGUGCCAAGUGUGCCUGGGAUGACCUGAGCCGACCCCCUGAGGAUGACGAGGACAGCCGGAGCAUCUGCAUCGGCACACAGCCCCGGCGGCUCUCUGGCAAAGACACAGAGCAGAUCCGGGAGACCCUGAGGAGAGGACUCGAGAUCAACAGCAAACCUGUCCUUCCACCAAUCAACCCUCAGCGGCAGAAUGGCCUCACCCAUGACCGGGCCCCGAGCCGCAAAGAUAGCCUGGAAAGCGACAGCUCCACGGCCAUCAUACCCCAUGAGCUGAUCCGCACUCGGCAGCUCGAGAGUGUGCAUCUAAAAUUCAACCAGGAGUCAGGAGCCCUCAUUCCUCUCUGCUUAAGGGGCAGGCUCCUGCACGGACGGCACUUUACAUAUAAAAGUAUCACAGGUGACAUGGCCAUCACGUUUGUCUCCACGGGAGUGGAAGGCGCCUUUGCCACCGAGGAGCAUCCUUACGCAGCUCACGGACCCUGGUUACAAAUUCUGUUGACUGAAGAGUUUGUAGAGAAAAUGUUGGAGGACUUAGAAGAUUUGACUUCUCCAGAGGAAUUCAAACUUCCCAAAGAGUACAGCUGGCCCGAGAAGAAGCUGAAAGUGUCUAUCCUACCUGACGUGGUGUUCGACAGUCCGCUGCACUAGCCUGGGCUGGGCCCUGCAGGGGCCGACGGGGAGCCCAGCUGCUCCCCUGUGACUUCCAGCUUCACAACUGCGUAAACAAGAUUCCCACAAACGAAAGGACAAGUGUGAGGAUGACUGCGCAGCCACCACACCCGCAGCCUGGCGGGAUGCCGUGCACAGGCCACAGGCCCCCCACUUCACCUCCAGCUCAGGGGCCUCACCCCGCAGCUGGCCAAGCCCAUGUGACCAAGCCCUGGUCCUCCUGGCUAGUGAGCGGGUGAAUGCAAACCCACCUGCCUACUGCCACCACAGAUUCUGGUUUGAGAUUUGACUCUGGACCCUUGAUGUGCCCUAGGUGGAGACAGGCCUCACUCUCACCCACACCCUGCCACACAGCCCAGCAGGAGGGAGGUGGGAAGCCACCAACGCAGAGUGCGUGUGGCUGCACCGCCCGGCUCCACCCGGGAAGCCUUUGCUAGUCAAGCUCCUCUGGCCACGGAACAAUCCUCCAGUCGUGUUUGGUUUUCUUUUUCCUUAUUUUAUUUUAUAGAAACCGGAUGGUAUUUUAUUGCUCUGCAAAGAUGUCCAGAAGCCAUGUAUAUAAUGUUUUUAAACAGAACUUUAUUCCCAGAU